AUGUCUGAGCUUCGCAUUUGCUCGUACACUUGUGGCCACAUCUCACCAAAUUGUGCGUCUCCACUAGGCCAAGUAGUCCAAGAGCGUGGCGUUGUCAAUGCAGAAUUGGUCCAAGUCGAUCAUGUUUGUCCAUCCUGCGAGUUUAUGAGUCGUUCGUUCGAGAAUCAUGACACAUCUCCAAUGCAGCCUCAGGCCGGUUCUUCUGAUACCAUGGGGAUGGAGGACUUGGAAUCUCAACAGCGCGCGUCAGAGCCUCGAGAUCUCUAUCCGGAAUUUGGGCUUGAUCUGCAGGAGCACGGGCAAGCCAAUUAUCCCAUGAGACUUGGUGACAAUCAGCAGCAACCCGAAAAUUUCACGCUGUUCAACUGGAAACAAGAGGAGAUGGAAAUCAACCAGUUCCUCCACAUCGAUGCGUUGGAUGCUGACUCUUAUCUCUUUCCAGAGCCGAAACCUAUUCGCACGUAUGCUGAAAUCCCUGGUGUCGACGAUAUCAGCGGCGGUUGUGGCUACGAUCUUUCCGUUUUUGAUAUUGAUGAAUUAUUCAGUGAAAUUGGACAAGAUGCUCAUGAAGACAAUCCAUGCGCUAUGGGUGAUCUCGAUUCAGCGUUCCUAGGAGAACGACCCGUUAAUGAGUCUUUUCCUAGUGCUCCCGCUGCUAUGAGUGAUGACUGUUUGGCUAACAGUGCCAACCUGAGCGAAACACUCCCAAUCCAACCACCAGGACUUCCUGUGUCUACUGCUGAUACUGAGGAAGUACUGUUUGAAGAUCAUGGCACGCAACCUGAGGCCACUUCACCACCUCAGCAUCUUGCAGUCCCUGCACAUGGGUCCUCGAAGGGUCGUGGCAGACCAAGGAAACCAACCCGCAAGGCAGCUGUCGCGAACCUAUCGUCUAUCGGAGCUAGCGAACCAACAAACAAGAAGCGGCCGACACCGAAGAAGGCGCGUGCCCAUGCAGCAGUGAAGAACCAAGAUGUGUCUACCUCAGAAUCAGCAGUUAUCUCCGGCGUUGAGGCAUUGAAGGUCACUGAAGUGCCGAAGGAUGAUGGCAAGGAUCACCAGAAGGUGGAAGAAAACAAGGAAAAUCAAUGUCCCAACUCGAAGCGUGAAGGUUCUCCCUUCGUUGCUGGAUCUGAUCCCGGUCCCCGGGAGGCCAAGCGCCUUUGCACAACCCCAACGAAGACAACCACAGAAACUUCACAGGUGAACCAAACAGAGGUUCAACCGGAAAAUCCUUCGGGAUCCAUCAACGCUGGAGACACCACGCCAUCUAAGAAUGGUGACCCUGCACAGCGAGGAGCCCAGCUUCGGCGGAGCUCCCGACUGAAGAAACUCUCAGAUCGAUUUGUUGGAGACGUCAAGUAG